GAAAGUGGGAAGGGCAAGGGUGGGGGGGGGGUAAGGGUAGAAAUUGUCCUUUUGCAAGACAGGCCUAGAAGAACAUGAGAACGCAGUAAGUGGGAGGCUGGUUGAGAUGAGAGCUCGACACAUCAUUCAAUUGUAGAAGAGGCACAAGCCAUCCUAAAUGCACAAAUACGCACAUCGGAGUGGACAGGCCUAAUGCCGAAGGUCAGUACGGUUUCGUAUUGACUUUCUUGUGGCCACAGGAAGGUUUUAAGAAUUGGCAGCUGCUCUAACCUCCGUGGUUUAGAGCAAUUUUGCUUUUAGUUACUGAGCAUCUCACCCCUCUUGCUGUCCUCAGGGUCAGAGAUUAAAGGUCAGUGAGGUACCCAACUUCUGUUGAUUUGCCGGGCCAGUUGGGCACUGAACUCUCAUUUGCGCCUUUGGAAAUCUGGCCCUAACAGCAGCUAGUGCUUGGUGAUGCAACAUGAGUGGGUUGUUACUUGAAUACAUCUUUGCUGGUUUGCCUGGCUAGCGCCUCAUUCUUAAGUUGCUGGCUGAGGAUGUGAAAUUUCUUCCCUUCAAAAGCUUUCGAUUCAUCCUAUGAUUCUUUGUGAUCAGUUAUCCUGUGACCAGUAUGAAAAAUGUAGCUCUUCAGAGAUACCCUCACCAUGGGAUUCCCAGUCUUGUGCUCCUUGUUCACGGCUGAAAAAACACCCAUUGCUCUGUGAUUCUUUGACAUCAGAAGUAGCGGCCUGGAGCACAAGACCCCUUGGGCACACUCAAGCCACGCCGGUACCUUGGCUUCUUUUAUCGACUUCCCUAGUUGGCUUUUUGCUGAUCCUGCUCAGCAAUGGAGUUCCACAACUGGGCCCCCAACUCUCCUUUGACACCUUUCCACCCAAGGGAGAGAGCUGAUCUUGGGUCCCUUGCUUAUGGAUCUGCAGCCCCUCUGCGGUAACAGAGCCAGCGAAUAAGCGUGCUGAUGGCUUUCAGGUUUUGUUUUUCCGGAAGAGCCACCCUCCUUAAAUAUCUCCGAGCCCUCUUCUGUGUCCUCCCUUGCGUCGCUCGAGCAGCUCUCUUCUCUUUGUGAACCCUGGCCUUGUUGGAGAGCUUGGCUCAGAAUUCCUCCACCUCGAGCGGAUUAAUCAUUUUAUUUAUUAGGCUUACGGGCCAAAUCCUGCUAAACCCGGGGCUUUGCCAGAUAAACAGGCUGCUUUGCAAAGGCAGCCCGUUUGUGAAAACACAAUUAGCAAACCCUGUAAUCUGCACUAAUUAUCAGGCAGCACUCAGGAGGUUCAUUUGCCUCGGCUCCCGCAGGGUUUCCCUGGCCCCACUGGAAGCCGCUCCUCGUGCUGGAGGAGGAGAGGGGCAAGAGCUCAGGUGAAACCCCCAGAAUUGCCCAGACCAUGGAGGAGGCAGAAGCUGGGAGCAGACGCCAACCUGGAGCCUCCUUCACAAUUGAUUAUCUGCUCUUCGCUAAGGGGAAGCCAGCCAGCAGGGAGCGGGAGCCCAGGAGCUGCCGGCCACAGGACACCCCUGGCUCCUCUGAAAGGAAAUCAGUGGAGGAGGUGGUUCGGGGGAACCCGCCCGUCCCGGAGUCUCUGGAUCCACUGGACAAACCCAACCAGUCUUACAUCGCCCUCAUUUCCACAGCCAUCCUCUCCUCCCCGGGAAAGAAGCUGCUGCUUUCAGAUAUUUACCAGUGGAUCAUGGAUAACUACCCUUACUUCAAAAAUAAGGAGAAGAGUUGGCGCAACAGUGUCAGGCAUAACUUGUCCCUGAACGAAUGCUUCAUCAAGGCCGGGCGAAGCGACAAUGGCAAAGGGCACUUCUGGGCCAUCCACCCGGCCAACCUGGACGACUUCUCCAAGGGCGACUACCACCGGCGCCGAGCCCGGAGGCGCAUCCGCAGGAUGGCGGUGAACCUGAGCUAUUGCCACCCGUACGCCUUCUACGGAUUGAGCUGCUGCCCGGGACGUGUCUGCCUCUGCUGCCCUCCCUACGCGCACCCUGCUGGCCCCAGCCCUUCUGCGCAUUGCCAGCCUGGAUUCCCCCUCCUCCCUCUCUACCCGCCCGCCUCCCAGCGUCACCCCUACCUUCCCGCGGGCGCCCACAAAGGCCUGCAGGAGAAGCCGCUCAGCUGGCCUUUGCACAGACCCCACUUCCAUCGCCCCCUGCAGGCUCAUCCGUACCUGUAGCCUCCACUUCGCCAGCCUCCGGGGAGCCUUGGGCCACCAGGGAUCGUCCCAGCAAGGAGAUCUUUGGGUGCUUUUCCUUCUCUGCUUGGCCUGGGACGCGGCUUUGGAGCAGCCCCUGAGCAGCUCGGUGUGGUCUGCCUUUGGGUCCCUGGGGCCUGGCUAUCUUCCCCACCUCCACCCUCUUCAAAGGGGGAAGUGACUCUUGCAACUCCAGCCCCCGAGUAGCCCCGCUCCAUCUGGCUCCCUACGUACAGCCAUGGAACCGUCCAUGCUUAUGGCCAUACCUGCCCAGCGUCUUUAGCGUUUGAAUGCUGACGGACUGCCCUUCCUCAUUGCUUGGGGCUGCUCCUUUCUGUGUCUCCCCGUGGUUUUGAUUUCAAAAGACAAGAGGCCUACGCAAGACUGAAGGGGCCCUAAAGCUCCAUUGCACCCCACUGCUGUUAAACUAUCAAGCAGGCAGGAACUCAGCCUGCCAGCCACCUACAGGACAUCUGUCCACCUCUGUAUUGCUCCAGGGGCAUGCAUGCAAUCCUCUCCAGCCCUCCCCCUCCCUCCGUCCGCUAGGUCUUCUGCAAUGCGCCCAGAAGCUCUGCCAAUUCUGGUCUAGGAGCUCCUCAGACUUGACCACUCCUGCUCUGGGGGCCCAGGCCAUCGGUAAAGGGAUGCACAGAGCCUUUCGCAUCUAGCUCCUGAGCUCAAGCGUGGCUCGGCUCAGCUGCUGAUGGUUGGUGGGUGACUGUAAAGUGCAGUACUGGUGGGAGGAGAUUGGCCCCAGCUGCUCGCUGGGCUGGGCAUUAACGUGAUGAUAACCAGUUGUCUGCAUCCCACACCACUCUUGUGGGCAGCCUCUGGAGACAGGCCAAGGACUGAAUAGGUCAUGGAGUCUCCAUUAUCCUGCUGGGCUAGGGUCAAACGCAGGGCCGUCACAUACCAGGAUUAGCACCAUGUUGAUGCCUAAGAUAAAGACAAUGUGACCUGCCUCCCUUCAGUGUGGUGCUCUGGGCACCACUAGGGAUGUCUGGGUCACAGAUAGAUCUUGACGAGCCAUCUGCAGCCGUGGCGAACGCACACGGGUGCGUCAGCUCAGGCAGCCAGAGCCGGAGGUCCCACCUUCAAGCCCUGCUGCUAAUGACCCUCCCUGGGCCAUGGCCUGAUGUUCACAAGCAAAACCAUUUUCCAGUUGGGCAACUGAUCCUCUCAACAUUGCCUUGUAGGCUAAGCCACUGAGCCCAGGGUGAGCCUGGCCCACACUCCCCUAUUCAGGGCCAGGAAGCUGGGAUGGAAUUUGCACCCCCCAGCCGGUGCAAACCCACUCUGGCAGUGGAGCCAGAAGGUAGUGAUAGAGAGGAGGAGGCGGGGUUCCAAUACACAGAAGUGUAUUCGUGCGACUGAGGGAACGUGGGAUGGAAGCACAGCUACCCUUGAUGUGCAAAGAACUUCAAGUAGGAAGGAAAAGUCCACUGCACAGCUACUACCUGGGGAAUAACUGGCUAGGUGGCCGUGCUGCUGAACAGGUUACUGCGGAUCACAACUUGAAUGUGAGUCACCAAUGCGAUACUGGCCUUUUUCGCAGCUGUUGUCAACCUGGGAUGGAUUAAUGGGAGUGUCAUGGUGACAUGGGCGGUAAUUGUCCUGCUCUCCUCGGCACCGGUGAGGAGCACAGUGUCCAGUUCUGGGCACCACCCUGUAAUAAAGAUGUGAACAAAGUGGAGAGAGGCUGGAGGAGAGUGAGAAAAGUGAGGGAAGGUUAAAAAAAUGGCCAUGUUUAGUCUUGAGAAAAGAUGAUGGGGGUGAGGGGAGACCUAAUACGUCUUCAAGUCUGUCCAGGGAUGUUAUAAAGAGGACUGUGAUCAAUUGUUCUCCAUGCCCAUGGACGACAAGAAGCAAUGGGCUUAAUCUGCAGCCAGGGAGAGUUAGGUUAGAUAUUAGGGGAAACUUUCGAACUCUCAGGGGAGUUAAGCUCUGGACCAGGUUGUAGAAUCCCUGUCAUUUGGGGUUUUUAAGAACAGGUUGGACAAACCUCUGUCAGGGAUGGUCUAGGUUGACUUGGUCCUGCCUCGGUGCAGGGGUCUGGAGUUGAUGACCUCUCAGAUCCCUUUCCCCCUCCAUUUCUAUGAUUCUUCCUGUGCCACUUACAACCAAGCUGGGCCCAGCACUCGCUAACAGGCUGCAGAGAACAAUCACCAGUGGGCGAGCGGGGACCUAGCAGGCUCUUAAUUCCCUUGAGACUUUGAUGUGGCAUUUUGGUUUGAACCAGGCAGUAAUGUUCUACUUCUGCCUUGCGCUUUGUCUUGGUGGGUUUGGGUGACCCCUUCCCUGCGGACACCCAGCGACCCCCACCCUCCUCUCGUGUUAAUGACUCCGACCCUGGCUGGCUUGUGAAGUCGAUCGGGUGGGUUUCUUUGCGGGGUAAGGUCUUGUGCAGCACGAACUCUUUUCAGAUGUAGCUGGAGUGAAAUCGAGCGAACCCUCCGCCCCUCCCAGCGUGGAAAUACACCGCCACCCUGCCUCGUAUUAAAGCGCUGUCCAAGCA